UGCGCUCACGGUCUGGCUCACGACACGACGACGGAAGUAGAGUUCUGUCACCUGUCGCGCCAACGAGGAAUCGUCGUCCGUCAGCAGCAGCAGCAGCAGCAGGAGUGCCUCUUUCAGCUCUGCUCUGCUCUUCUUGCCUUUCUCGAGUGGAUCUCUUCUGCCGAAGCUUUGUCGAGAAUCGGAAGCCCGGGCUGCGGAUCAGAGCGGAGGAGUGCGAUCGGGUUGUGCUGAAUUCGGCGAUUUGGGGGUGAUUGUUGUUGCAGGAAAAUGGCGCUCCUACCCAAGAUUGCUCAGAGCGCCGCUUUGACGACCAGAUUGAUUCACAGCAGUGCCCCGGCGCUGGCAGGUGCACCUUCUUCUGCCACGGGCUCUUCGGGUGCGGAUUUCGUCAUUUCGAAAGUCGAUGCGUUGAUGAACUGGGCGAGAACUGGAUCCCUCUGGCCCAUGACCUUCGGACUCGCUUGCUGUGCUGUGGAAAUGAUGCAUACCGGUGCUGCGCGUUAUGAUCUGGAUAGAUUCGGAAUCAUCUUCAGACCUUCUCCUCGUCAGUCCGAUUGCAUGAUCGUCGCCGGAACUUUGACCAACAAAAUGGCUCCGGCUUUGCGCAAGGUGUACGAUCAAAUGCCAGAGCCUCGUUGGGUGAUUUCGAUGGGAAGCUGUGCAAACGGAGGCGGUUAUUACCAUUAUUCAUACUCAGUGGUCCGAGGGUGUGACCGAAUUGUCCCUGUUGAUAUUUACGUCCCGGGUUGUCCACCAACGGCAGAGGCUCUGCUUUAUGGUCUUCUGCAGCUGCAAAAGAAAAUUAAUCGCCGCAAGGACGUGACUUUGUGGUGGAAGAAGUAGAGGGCGCGAAGACGUCCCAUCUCAGAAUCUCGUCGCCAACUUUUUGGUUCGACAUCAGGCGGAAAUGUUUGAUACAGAGAGAAUGAACUGAAAUGCUUUUUCAAAAUCUAUCACAGGUCAGGCAUCUCAUGGAUUUGAAAGCGGAAGUUCGUUGUAAUGUAGGUAGGUAUCUCACCAACUUUAGGUGAUAGUCCAGUUGGGUUCACCUUUGAUAUUGAAACAUGGAUGCUGUUGUUGUGUACCAUUUGUUCUCCUCGACAGUUUCCCAGGAUGCUAUGGACACCUACCGAUUAAUAAGCUGAAAAAAUAAGUUUUCAAGCAUAGUGGGUUCUCAAUGGAACGGUUUAUUUUGCGAUUGCCUUUUUGAAAGUAGACGCUCACGGGUUUUCAACCUCAGUUUGCGGCAUGAGGAUUCCAUGUGGAUUAUACUCGUGUGAGUUGAAUGUCUUUUUAGUCUUAUACUGUCACAACGGAAGUCAUGAAGACAGUACAUUAAGGCGGUAAUUUCGUAGACUAUUUAUCACGAAAUUCUAGAACCCAUUUGAAGUAGAGACCUUCAAUUUGAGUUGAUUACUUGCCUUCGCUACUAUUUCAGUGUAAGGGUAAUUCAAAGGCA